AUGUUCAGAAACAACUACGACAACGAUGCGGUCACCUUCUCCCCGCAAGGCCGGAUCUUCCAAGUCGAAUAUGCACAAGAAGCCGUGAAGCAAGGUUCCGUCGUGGUGGGACUCGUCAACAAGACACAUGCCGUGCUGGUCGGCCUCAAGCGUAAUGCCGAAGAGCUCUCCUCGUACCAGAAGAAGAUCAUCGAAGUCGACUCCCACAUGGGCAUCGCCAUCGCCGGUCUAGCAUCGGACGCUCGGGUGCUCUCCAACUUCAUGAAGCAGCAGUCUCUCAGCUCCCGCAUGACCUACGGCCGCCCGCUCCCCGUCGACCGCAUUGUCAGUCAGAUCGGCGACCGCGCCCAAACGAACACUCAACAUUACGGCAAGCGCCCCUACGGUGUCGGUUUGCUUGUCGCCGGUGUCGAUGACUCCGGCCCGCAUCUCUUCGAAUUCCAACCUUCCGGUAUGACCCACGAGAUGGUGGCAUGCGCCAUCGGAGCCCGCUCCCAGAUGGCUCGGACCUACCUGGAGCGGAACCUGGACAAGCUGGAGUCCACGUCGCGCGAUGAGCUCAUCACGCACGGCCUGCGGGCACUUAAGGAAUCCCUGUCUCAGGACAAGGAGCUGACGGUGGACAACACAUCUGUGGGUGUGGUGGGACUUGCGGGCGACGGUGCCUCGGGGAAGAUCGAGAGCUUCAAGCUGUACGAGGGGCAGCAGCUGGUGCCCCUGCUGGAGGCACUGGAGCAGGCGGAUGCGGGCGAGACGAAAGAAGAGGAGACAAUGGAGGUUGAUUCAUAG